AUGAAUGAAUUGAAACAUGAUAAAGUUACUCAAAUUAAACAAAUGUUAAUUGCUAUACCAAAUGGAGAUGUUCUUUAUAGUGGACACUAUGAAGAAUUAUUUUCUGUAACAACAUUAGAAUUAAUGAUGGUUAAAUUAAAUAAACUUAAAUGGAAACUUAAUGCUAAUCCAACUAUUUCAAAAGAAAUUAAAAAUCAAGUAAAUUCUAUGGUUAAAACUGGAUUUGAAAAUAUUCUUUGGGGUGAUUCUACUUCACAAUAUAUUAAUGAUGAAUUAAAAUUAUUAGAAUCAUCAGAUUCACCUUGUAAUUGUAUUUAUGAAGAACAAACUUCUAUUCCUCUUUAUAAUCAACUCUUUCAUGCAACUCCUGAACAAUUAGAACGAAUUUAUGAUAUUAUUAUUCAUUCAAAUUUAAAUAUUAAUGAAACAAAAAUUCAAAAUAAUAAAGAUGAAAUGGAUAUCGAAUUUACUAUUAAUGACCUUUCUAAACAAUGUCUUUUAGACAUUCAACAAAUUUUAAAUGAAUUAUUUUAA